UAGAAGCAAAAGAUAGCAGAAAGAGUUGGGAUAGGCCAAGAAAAAAUUGUCCCUAUUUCUUCAUCAAGGUUGAAGAAGAAGAAGAAGCCAUGGAAAAACAAAACAGGUCGGGAACUGCAGGAAAAGUUAUAAGAUGCAAAGCUGCGGUUUGCAGAAAUCCAGGGGAACCACUUGUGAUAGAGGAAAUUAUGGUUGACCCACCUAAAGCUUGGGAGAUUAGGAUAAAAAUUCUCUGUACUUCUCUUUGUCAUUCUGACGUUACCUUCUGGAAAAUAUCCAUUGGACCAUUUGCACUUUUUCCCAGAAUUUUUGGGCAUGAAGCUGUUGGUGUUGUUGAGAGUGUAGGGGAGCAUGUGGAGGAAUUUCAGGAAGGAGAUAUGGUGGUGCCUGUGUUUCGUCCGAAUUGUAGAGAAUGUAGGGACUGCAAGUCCCAAAAGGGAAAUGGUUGUUCCAUAUUCGGUGACAAAUUGGUCGCUGAAAUGCCAAGGGAUGGAACAAGUAGGUUCAAGGGGAUGAAUGGGGAGACUUUGCACCAUUUCUUGUCUGUUUCCAGCUUCAGUGAGUACACAGUGGUUGAUGUGGUCCAUGUUGUGAAGAUCUCAUCGGAAUUCCCAGCUGAGAAAGCUUGCCUCCUUAGCUGUGGAGUAUCCACUGGUAUUGGAGCAGCAUGGAAGGUGGCAGACAUUGAAGAAGGCUCCACUGUCGCCAUAUUUGGCCUGGGAGCUGUUGGACUUGCGGUUGCAGAAGGGGCAAGGUUGCGUGGAGCUUCGAAGAUCAUAGGUGUAGAUUUAAACCAGGAAAAGUUUGAGAUAGGGAAAAAGUUUGGAGUCAGUGAAUUCAUCAACCCCACAACAUGUGGAGAGAAAAAAGUCAGUGAGGUGAUUAAGGAAAUAACAGAUGGGGGAGUUGACUACAGCUUUGAGUGCAUUGGAUUGGCUUCACUAAUGGAAGAAGCUUUCAAUAGUAGUAGAGUGAAUUGGGGCAAGACAGUGAUACUAGGAGUGGAGAUGCAUCACACACCAUUACCUAUCAACACUUAUUUUCUUCUAAGAGGUAGAACUGUCACUGGGUGCUUUUUUGGAGGGCUUAAAGCCAAAUCUGACAUUCCCAUCCUUGCUCAAAAAUAUCUACACAAGGAAAUUAAUCUGGAUGGAUUCAUAACGCACGAAGUGAAUUUUCAAGAUAUCAACAAAGCUUUUGAUUUACUGCUAGAAGGAAAGAGUCUUCGUUGCAUCAUAUGGAUGGAUUAAUUAAUUCUUAUUUUUUUAUCAUUUUAAAUUUUCAUCAAUAAAAGAAAUAUUGAUGUCAACAUCAUAAAAUAACGAUGGAUAAGCUCAUUGUUGACAUCACAAAUGUCAUAGUCCAAAUUUUGUUGUUGUCAUCUCUUCUCCAAUUAUAUAUAUGUACUAAAAUAAAAAGGAAAUAUUGAUCA